AUGUACAACUCCCUCACCCGCCUCCAGACCGUCUUUGGCUUCUUCACAACCUUCUCCCUCGACGCCGACCUCUCCUCCCUGUUCACAUGGAACACGAAGCAGCUCUUCGUCUACGUGACCGCCGAGUGGCCCGCCGCUGAUCCCGAAUCCCCCGCCGGCGCAACCAACGAGGCCGUCAUCUGGGACUCCAUCAUCACCAGCCCCAGCGCAGACCACCUGUCCAACCUCGGCCCAUACUCUCUCAAGAAGCUCAAGAAGAGUGCCGAGGGUAGGAGCAUCGCCCCGGAGAGAGGCCUUCUCCAUCUCAAGAAUCAGAAACCGAAAUACCAAAUCACCCACCCCUCCGGCAAGAUUGGCGACGUCAAAGACGUGGUCCUCAAGCUCCACUACAACGUCCAGCCGUGGUUCGGUUUCCUGUCGUGGAACUCCGAGGCCGACUACGGUCGCUGGAAGGCCUUUGACGGUGGCGUCAGCCAGGCCUUCAACCUGCCCCCCGUCAAGGUCAAGGACAGUGACAGUAAGAAGAAGUCGUCGUGA